AUGGGCAUGAGCACGUCCGAGCUCUUGGUGCCCUUCCUGGGGGCCCUCCAGGCCUCCAUGUCGGUGCUGCUCACCAUCUUCUUCGGCGUCCUGACGGCGCAAUUCAACCUCCUCUCGACCAGUGCAGCGAAGGAGGUGUCCAGGACGUGCGUACGCUUGUUCCUGCCUGCACUGCUCAUCUACAAGAUCGGCUCCAAUCUGCACAAGGACACAGGCGUCCGCUAUGUCCCCGUUCUGAUCUGGUCGAUAAGCUACACUCUGCUCUCGCUGGGCAUCGGCGCCCUCGCCACGCGCCUCCUCAAGCUGCCGCACUGGGUCAAGCUCGCCCUCGCCUUCAACAACACGACGAGUCUGCCGCUCCUGCUUAUACAAUCGCUCAGCACGACGGGAGUGCUGAAUGCGAUCAUACUGGAGGGGGAUAGUGCGUCGGAUGCGCUCGAUCGGGCCGAGUCGUACUUCCUGGUCAAUGCCAUGGUCAGCAAUUCGCUGACGUUUGCGCUGGGACCUAGGCUGCUCCGGCCGAGUGACGAGGACGCGCCAAGUGAGGAUGAUAAGGACAAAGCUGGCGAAGAAGAGCAUGAUGAUGGAGGGGAGAACGGGGAGAUGGAGCGCGGACCGGACGGCAUCGUCGAUGAGGAGACGUCGCUUCUGCCGCAGCAAGUCAUCCACUCCACGAAUGGCAACAUGCGUUCGGGCUAUAGGAGAGGCAUGCGGUGGCUGAACAGCCUCCCGCCGUGGGCCCAGGAUUCCCUCGACUUCCUCUACUCGUUCGCCAACGCGCCCCUCAUCGGCGCCGUCGUGGGCGCCAUCAUCGGCCUCACCCCACCGCUCCACAAACUCUUCUUCGCCGAUAGCAACGACGGCGGCUACCUCAACGCCUGGCUCACAUCCGCCAUCAAGAAUGUAGGCGAUCUCUUCGCCACGCUGCAGAUCAUCGUCGUGGGCGUAAAGCUCUCCCAAUCCAUGCUCCGCAUGAAGCGCGGCGAAGACAGCGGCGGCGUGUCCAAAACUAGCCUCGCCGUUAUUACGUUCGUCCGCUUUAUCGUGUGGCCGCUGAUCAGCAUCCCGCUGAUUUGGGCGCUGGCAACGAAGACGGGGCUGCUGGACCAGGAUCCGAUGCUCUGGUUUGCGAUGAUGCUGAUGCCGACGGGGCCGCCCGCGAUGAUUCUGGUCGCGCUGACGGACGUGACUGGCGGCCCGGAGACGGAGAAGAUGGCGAUUGCGAAGUUGUUGACGAUUUUGUAUUCGAUUACGCCGAUGAUAUGUUUUGCUGUCGUGGGGAGUCUGAAGGCGAGCGAGGCUGCUAUUGGAAGGUGA